AUGGGCUCCGGGGGCCGGGCGCUGUCCGUGGUGCCGGCCGUGCUGCUGGCCCUCACUCUGCCCGGGCUGCCCGUCUGGGCGCAGAACGACACGGAGCCCAUCGUGCUGGAAGGCAAGUGCCUCGUGGUGUGCGACUCGAACCCGGCCACGGACUCCAAGGGCUCCUCUUCCUCCCCUCUGGGGAUCUCGGUCCGGGCGGCUAACUCCAAGGUCGCCUUCUCGGCGGUGCGGAGCACCAACCACGAGCCGUCGGAGAUGAGCAACAAGACGCGCAUCAUUUACUUCGAUCAGAUCCUAGUAAAUGUGGGUAAUUUUUUCACCCUGGAGUCUGUCUUUGUAGCACCAAGGAAAGGGAUUUACAGUUUCAGUUUUCACGUAAUUAAAGUCUACCAGAGCCAAACAAUCCAGGUUAACCUGAUGUUAAAUGGAAAACCAGUAAUAUCUGCCUUCGCUGGGGAUAAAGACGUUACACGUGAGGCUGCCACGAAUGGCGUCCUGCUCUACCUGGAUAAAGAGGAUAAGGUUUACCUAAAACUGGAGAAAGGUAACUUGGUCGGAGGCUGGCAGUAUUCCACGUUCUCUGGCUUUCUGGUGUUCCCCCUUUAG